CCACGAGCACAUGGCUCGAACGAUGCAACACCACCACUCUGCAAUGCAGCAGCAAUUUUCAAACCACGCCUCCUCAUUUCUGUCAUCUCAACAGCACAUGCCCAUGGCCCACCCGCUUAUGGUGGACGGAAGCGGCCGCAGCCACUUGUUGGAUCCGCGGGCGAAUGGUCGACCUCGAAAUGGUCACCCGAGCCAACGACGCAUGGGUGGAAUGCCUCGGAGGUGGCGCAACAAUCCACCCUCGAAUCAAGCUCCACCCACAGUCAGUCAAGGUGUCUCCAUGGCUGCCCCUCCCCCUCCCACACCUGGUGCUCUCGGCCCUGUUUCGAUGUCGGCUUCCUCAAACCCCACCGGAUUUCCGGCUAGCCCAGCUUCGAUGUCCCAUCCGUACCACCCUGGCUUUUUACUUCACGUCUUGGCGAUGCUCUCAAACACACCCCUUCAACAAACCUUUGCAGGCACAGGAGACGUCAACGAACCUGAAAACUACGAAGCACUUCUUAAUCUGGCCGAACGACUUGGCGAGGUCAAGCCCAAAGGACUUGCGAAAGGAGACAUUGAACAGCUUCCCUCGUACAGGUAUCCUGGAGACAGCUCAGAGAAUGAUCAAACCACCUGCGUCGUUUGCAUGUGCGACUUCGAAGUACGACAAACUCUCCGUGUGCUGCCUUGCAGUCACGAGUUCCAUUCCAAAUGUGUGGACAAGUGGCUAAAGACAAACCGCACCUGUCCAAUUUGCCGUGGCGAUGCGGCUAAUUUCUUCAACAGUGGAAUGUCCGUGGAAUAGCUCACGGGUGCUCCUCAUUGCAUAUCAUCAUCGAUCCUCGGGCCAUGAUGAUCUAGUCGUUGACCAAGCCCAUUGUUCCCCCUCAUCUGCUUUUUGAUCUUUUUCCAUCCCUUUCCCUCAAGAAUAACAAUAACGAUAAUCCCCAUCAUCAACACGGGGGAACAACACUUACAACAAACUCCAUGUCCAGCAUUGCAAAUUUGGGUGAAUUAUUUAAUUCAUUUUUAAACCUCUCACUCGAUCUCUGUUUUCAUUUGUCCGAGAAAACAACGCUCUCUCUCAUUUCAAUCAUCAAAAUGCAAAACCCUUCCGUAAUUGUUUACCUCCCAAGCAGUCCUCUCACCUCCACAUACCAUGGUAUCACUUUCUCAUGGGCAUUAUCACAUUGAUGACCAUAUUGAGUGUACAACUGGGGUUGAUUCGUUGUCCUCGAACUAAAACGGGAUUGUACAAAAUGGGUCCUUUCAAACAUUGGCCGUUGCCUUUGCUUUCCCUCUUCCGUUCUCUGUGUUAGAAUAUUAUAAUCAAUUAACAGAGCACUCCAACUCGAUUUGCUCUUCACGCUAUUCUGAUUAUUACCAUAAUUCCGCCCUUAUUUUUAUCGAUUCAUAUCGCAAUCACGUAAAAGCUGAAGCUUAAGCUCAAUCGUUCUCAUUUGUAAUAUGGUUUAGUGAAAUUGGUAUUGUUUUUUUGUAAUAGCGUGGCACUGGCGAGGAUUGCUUCUGUCUUCUUUCUCGAGUCCUCAUGUUACAGUUCAUGACUUACAUUUAAGCAAAACACAAGAUACACGCCUAGAUAAGAGUUACUUUCCCUCCAUGUACCUUUCUCCCCUCUGAAGUGAUUCAUACUUACCAACCAUAGUAGCUAUGAAUCAUCAUCGUUGAUAAUUCGAUUAACCUCGGCUUUUGGUGUGAUAUUAUUAAUUACUCCAUAUGUUUGAGUUUCGCUGGCUUCCCGGUCAGCUCUCACUCACCUUCCUUCCAAGCAGAAACCACAAGCAAACUCAAAGAAUGAUUUCCAAUUCCAAUCAUGUAAAUAGAAACACGUUUGUUCAUGCGUUCCUUGGCCCUCUCAUCAUAAAUUAGUUCAAUUGAAUUUGUCCCUCAGCCCCUCCCCUCCCUCACCCGUCUCUAUGUAGCGUUAAUUAUUCUGUUGUAGGGGACCAGAUGAACCUUAAAAAUGUAUAUCAUGUUAAUUUUAUGCUAUUUUUGGUAAAUUUAUCCAAGAUACUCUCUCCACAAAUCCAAUCCGGUUGAACCCAUUCUGUUUUGCCAGGGGAUAUCUUUUAAAGAAUCGUCCUCUCCAUUUUUCAUCUCCCAACCUCUCUCACCUCAUGAUUUUUCCGCGGCAUUAUCGAACUUUGAUCACGCACACGCUUUCGAGUUUUGAAGUUUUUCCUCACAUAUCUAAUUGGGAUGACCACAUUUUCCAGAACGGAAUAGCUGAUGAAACUUUCAAGCAUUUAAAAUCAGAAAUGAGAUUUGACCAAUUCCUUCAAAAUGAGCCGUGAGUGUUGCGGCUUUUGCAUGAAUAUUCCCACGAAAAUGAGGCUUGUUAUCAGCAACUCAUAAUGACAGUAACCACACGCAAAAUCUAUCCUUUAAAAUUACCCGACCUCCUCAUGGUUAUCCAACAACAUUAAACACAAUACGCCAUAGACUGUUUCUCUCGAGUUCUUACUUCAACUACCUUCAAGUCACCAAAAAAUAUUCCCCUUCCUCAAAGUUACUACCCACCUACCUACAACCUAUCACUGAAUCAAUCAAUCAGUCUAUAGCAAAUGGUCCCUUAGAAGCCUGUUUCCCUCUUUGAUAAAUCUGUACUUAUCGUGCCUGUACUAAAGACUUUUAGUGAUAUAUCUCCAUUCAAACAUUUCCGUUGAUAUUGUAAUGCAAAGUUGAAAACCCCCUCUGAAUAAAAGCAGUCACACCUAACCCAAGUAAACCAAUCCAACCCAACCCCCUCCCAACUCCCAGUCACUCACCCAACACCAAUAGGCCAAAAUGUUCAAAUAACAGAUCUACAUAAAAACCUUUUCAUGCCAAUCAAACCAACACUUGUGGCGCUAAAGAAGAGGGGUCAAGCUUUUUUCCGGGGUGCAUCAACCAGUGCCUCUGAUUUGAAUGUAUUUGAAACACCCUUUAGUGACACUCGAGGUUGGUUUGAAAUAAACGCUUUAUCAAAGAUGGAACUGGUGGGCAACCACGAAGUACGGAGACUCCAUUGACUUGUGCCGAUGCUUGUCCACUUGGACUAUGUUUAUGGAAAAGCUUUUGAUUUGUUGGUACGUUAUGGGGAUUCAAAUGUUUUCAAUAUUGUCAUUAUCACUUGCAGCUGUAUGGAUUAAACAAUAAAACAAUCUGUUCAAGAUGA